AGAAAAUGGACUUGCACGUAGGACUGACGGCUGCAUGAAUAUAAAAACAUCACUCAGUGACAAAUUGCAGGAUAAAAGGAGCUGGGUAGGUUUCCUGAAAGACUCAACUGUGAGAAAUGAAGAAGAUGAAGGUGUUGGUGACAGGAGCUUCAGGGUACUUAGGCGGAAGGCUCUGCCACGCCUUACUCGCUCAAGGCCAUUCUGUCCGUGCUUUUGUCCGUCCAACUAGUGAUGUCUCCUCUCUGCCUUUAGAUGAAAAUAUUGAGUUCUCCUAUGGAGAUGUUACAGACUAUAGUUCUCUACUUGUCGCCGCCUCUGGCUGUCAGAUCAUUUUCCAUUCAGCUGCCAUCGUCGAGCCUUGGCAUCCGGAUCCUUCCAUUUUCAUAGCUGUUAAUGUUGGAGGUUUGAAAAAUGUGCUGAAAGCAUUCAAAGAGACGGGGACGAUAGAGAAGAUAAUAUACACUUCCUCCUUUUUUGCUUUAGGCUCAACUGAUGGCUAUGUUGCAGACGAGAGUCAGAUUCAUUCAGGCAACUACUUUUGUACUGAGUAUGAGAAAUCAAAAGUUAUUGCUGAUAAGAUGGCUCUGGAUGCUGCAUCUGAAGGAGUGCCUAUUAUACCUCUGUAUCCUGGACUUAUUUAUGGUCCCGGCAAAGUCACUACUGGAAAUAUUGUUGCUCGCUUGAUCAUUGAACGGUUUAAUUGGCGCUUACCUGGGUAUAUAGGCCAGGGAGCAGAUAAGGUUUCUUUCAGCCAUGUCGACGAUGUGGUACAAGGACAUCUAGCAGCUCUUAAUAAAGGCCGGCCUGGUGAAAGAUAUCUUCUUACCGGAGAAAAUGCAUCAUUCAUGCAAGUUUUUGAUAUCUGUGCUACUAUUUCUGGGACUGGAAAACCUCGGUUUAGCAUUCCUUUAUUGGUGAUCGAGGCUUAUGGAUGGCUAUCAGUUUUUGCAUCGAAAAUAAUGGGAACACUCCCCAUUAUCAGCCCUCCGACUGUGAAUGUUGUUAGACAUCAAUGGGCUUACUCUUGCGACAAGGCAGAGAAAGAACUGGAUUAUAAGCCUCGGAGUUUGAAAGAAGGUCUGGGAGAGGUACUUCCCUGGUUGAAGAGCUUGGGAAUGAUAAAAUAUUAGAAGCUGGCAAAUGGAACUGCAUUAUCUUCACUGCUUCACCAAUACACCACUAUGCACAUUCUUCUGCCAUCAGUUGUCACAGACCAACAGAAGGGUGGCCUCUCUAGCCAAGUGACUCUUCCGGUCACUGUAACCUUUAUCGUCAAAGUUGUACUGUUAUUUCUCUCAUUUCUUUGACACGAUAAUAUUUACCCCCGCAUUCACAUAAAAAUUGUAACGGAUUUCGGUUUUAACAAUUUUUCAAGUA